GAUUUAUUAUUUUAUUCGGUGGUGAAAUAAAAUAAACAAUCACAAUAUGAAUGCCUUAACAGAAAACAAUGUGGAGAAUUGUAACGCGGAGAAUUCCGCGGAUUCGCCGCCGCGCCGACGGCGUCGGUCCAGCUUCUUCGAGCGUCGAAGCAUGGUGCCUGAACCGUCUAUGAAUAUUGUUGCUGACGACACUGAUAAUGGAGAAGCGGAUGAGGAGUACUUAAAUCAGUACUACACACAGUUGCAGAGUGAGAAGGAUCAGUGGAAGAAAGAGGUUCAGAAGAGACGGGGCAUUCUACAUGAUGCUGAAUUACAGCUAAAAUUGGCAGAGAAAUCCGGCAAAAUCCGAAUCAACUACAGCAUACUGUCAAACGAAGAUAUUAAGUUCCUCGAAGCCAAACCCAACUUGACAGACCUCGUGGACAGUGUCAGGAAGCUACAGAAAUCUACGAGGGAGACUUAUGCCCUGUAUCAGAGGGCUAUGGAACUAGAUGGGGUGGUUUUGAGAGAUGUAGAAGGGAAAGUGGACCGGGUUACGAGAUAUUUGUUAGAACAUAGUCGUAAUGAAGUCAAAUAAAUUUGUUGGUAAGA